UAAGUUGUGACGCAGCUCCGCCGCUACGUCGUCAGAGUUGCAUAGUGUUAGCUUUAGCUCUCAUGCCGAUUCGGCCUCGUACUGUAGCAGUUUACUUCUGCACUUUUUCUGUGUUUUAGACCUUUCUGUUUAAAUUAUUUGCACGCUAUAUUUUAGGUGUGCUUGCGUGGAAUAAACAGGUUGAACGGCUAGCUUGAUAGGUAUAGACAGCACUUUCUUCCUGCUGGUUCCGCGUCAAUGCGGAAAUAAAAGUGGGGAAUAAGCAGAGUACCACAGUCGGUAUCAACAGCUGGUUAAGUUUCAGGUAACUGGUUAACUUGCUCUCUGUUGAAGAUGGAGAGGCGGCCAGGUUCGGUUUUUGGGGUUGUUUGUGCCUUUUUGACCCUGAGCUGCUGCUUCGGCUUCUAUCUUCCGGGUUUGGCUCCGGUGAGUUUCUGCACUGAGGAGUCGGAAGACUGCAAGACGGAGAUUCAGCUGUUCGUGAAUCGCCUCGAUUCCGUGGAGUCUGUGCUGCCCUAUGAGUACGACGUCUUCGACUUCUGUCAAGAUGCUCAAGAAAUAAGACCAUCGGAAAACCUCGGGCAGGUGUUGUUCGGGGAGAGAAUCGAGACCUCCCCUUACAAGUUUUCAUUCUUGAACAAUAAAGCCUGUCAGAAAGUGUGUACCAAGUCUUAUGAUGUCAGCAAACCAGAAGAAAAAAGCAAACUGGAUUUCCUUAAGAAGGGAAUACAGCUGAAUUACCAACACCAUUGGAUUGUGGACAAUAUGCCUGUCACCUGGUGCUACAAUGUGGAGGACGGUCAGAAGUACUGUAACCCUGGCUUUCCCAUUGGCUGCUUUGUGGAUGGAAACGGGCAUCCAAAAGACGCCUGUGUCAUCAGUGCUCAGUUCAAUGGGAAGAACACCUUCUAUAUGUUCAAUCACGUCGACAUCACCAUCACCUACCACAGUGGUGACAGAGAGGGCUGGAGGGGAUCAAGGCUCGUGGCAGCAACGCUCGAGCCCAGAAGUUACAAGCACGAAGAUGAGAAUAAUCUAGUGUGUGACGGGGAGCCCAUGAGCAUAUCGGGAGACCCGAACAGCGGCGCGAAGAUCACCUACACGUACUCCGUGCGCUUCGAGGAAAACAACAGCAUCAAGUGGGCAUCCAGAUGGGACUACAUUCUGGUGUCCAUGCCUCACACGAACAUCCAGUGGUUUAGCAUCAUGAACUCCCUGGUCAUCGUGCUCUUCCUGUCCGGUAUGGUGGCCAUGAUCAUGCUGAGGACCUUGCAUAAGGACAUCGCCCGUUAUAACCAGGUGGACCAGGAGGACGCACAAGAGGAGUCGGGCUGGAAGCAGGUGCAUGGAGAUGUCUUCCGACCUCCCAGAAAGGGCAUGCUGCUCUCCAUCUUCCUUGGGCAGGGCACUCAGAUCUUCAUCAUGACCUUCAUCACCCUGUUUCUUGCCUGCUUGGGUUUCCUGUCCCCUGCCAAUCGAGGAGCCCUAAUGACCUGCGCUGUAGUCCUCUGGGUCUUGCUAGGCACCCCUGCAGGCUACGUCUCAGCCCGCAUGUACAAGACAUUUGGUGGUGAGAAGUGGAAGACCAAUGUUCUACUAACAGCCCUGCUUUGUCCCGGCAUCGUGUUUGCUGACUUCUUCAUCAUGAAUCUCAUCCUGUGGGUGGAAGGCUCCUCGGCCGCCAUCCCCUUCGGCACCCUCGUGGCCAUCCUGGCACUCUGGUUCGGCAUCUCCGUCCCCCUCACCUUCGCCGGUGCAUACUUUGGCUUCAAGAAGAAGGCUAUUGAGCACCCAGUGAGGACCAAUCAGAUCCCUCGUCAGAUCCCAGAGCAGUCCUUCUUCACAAAGCCCCUCCCUGGGAUCGUCAUGGGAGGCAUCCUGCCAUUUGGCUGUAUUUUCAUCCAGCUCUUCUUUAUCCUCAACAGCAUCUGGUCCCACCAGAUGUACUACAUGUUUGGCUUCCUCUUCCUGGUCUUCAUCAUCUUGCUCAUCACCUGCUCAGAGGCCACCAUGCUUCUGUGUUACUUCCACCUCUGUGCGGAGGACUACCACUGGUGGUGGCGUUCCUUCCUGACCAGCAGCUUCACAGCCUACUACCUGCUGGUGUAUGCUGUGCACUACUUUUUCUCCAAGCUGCAGAUCAUAGGCAUGGCCAGCACCAUACUUUACUUUGGUUACACCAUGAUAAUGGUGCUAAUUUUCUUCCUCUUCACAGGCACUAUUGGGUUCUUCGCCUGUUUCUGGUUCGUCAGCAAGAUCUACAGUGUGGUCAAGGUGGACUAGUCCGUUUCCUGCUCAGUUGUCUCCUUUCAGCAGCCAUGUUUGGGGUCGGCUUGCUGGACGGGGUGGGCAGGGCUGAGCAAAGCACAUGUAUGAACUGCAGGUUUGAGAAGCAAAGGGCUAGAUGGAGCAGACUGUCGGCGUGGGGCUGCAUGGAAGAUGUGGGCAAACGCAAGGACUGAUCCCUCUGCUUCUCUCUGAGAAAAUGACGAUAUUGGAUUAUUUUGUUCCCUCAUAACUAGGUUUCUGUUUAUAUAAUUGACGCUAAUGUUGUCUUUAUCGGUGAUUUUGAUUUUUUUUUUUAAAAAUUUUGCUUUGAUUUGACAUGUGCAGGAAAUGUGAGCCAGUUAUGUGUCAUCUCCAAAGAAUUUUCUGCUUCAUUGGGAGCUGGGUGGGGUGCAGGUCGCUUUAAACCCUCAGUACCUCGAGUGGAAGGACUUGAGUGUUUGUCCCUCGAAGGACAGAGGGAUGCAUGUAGAGCCGUGCAGCUUCUGCUGCCCGAGCGCGACUUUGUAGGAUCAGCCCUGCAAACUGGAGCCCGUGACACAUCGCCUGCUUCUGCUCGCCUCCGGCACGUCUCACCACGCCGGUGUCUCUAGUGCGGCUUCUCUCUCCCUGUCGUCUGUGUGAUUUUUAUUAUUGUUUUUAGAUCACUGCUUCUCCUUUAUCCUUUACAAGCCACGCUGCUUGUUUUCUUCUCAUUUAUCCUUAACUUUGUUGUAAUAUCGGUCAAAAUGAAGAGUAAUAAACAUACUUGGGUCAGAGGUA